UUGUGUGUGGAGAGAAGAGGAGCUGAGAGGCGUUCAGCUCACCACGUCCUCUUUCUGUACACACCAGUGGCAUAGAGCAGUAAAACAGCUAGUUUUUUGAAAUAUUACUGUAGUAGGGGAUACACUGUCUCCGACAUGGAUCCGUUUACUGAGAAACUCUUGGAGCGAACCCGGGCCCGCAGGGAGAACCUCCAGAAGAAAAUGGCGGAGAGACCGACUGCAGCAAAUCGGCAGAUGGCUAAAAGGUCCAGGGAGCCUUUGGCUGAGGCUAAUAGUGUGAUCAGUGAGCCAGUCAUAGAUAAAGCUCCACAGCUCUCUUCCAAGCCUUCUCCCUCCAAGCGGCGAUGCUCAGGGGAAACUGUGCAGACCGCAGCUGGGGAGGAGAACCAGGAGCCAUCUACGACUCGCCCUGCAGUUUCUUCGCUGCCUGAUCCUCCUACUGACAAGAAACCCCCAACGGGACCAGCCAGCAUCCGUCCUGCCUCUUCUCUAGAGAAGAACAUUGCCCGACCUGUAGUCCACUCUCAUCCAGUGCAGGCGAAACCUGUACCGGAGCCAGAGCCGGACAAGAUGAUCAUGACCCCUGCUCCCGAUGCUUUGUUGAGCAGUACCAAAGUGGAGACGGUAUCUGCCAGUCCAGCCCUGCAGAGGAACAAGGAGGACCUGAAUGAGGCCCCAACUCUAUCCGCCCCUGGCAUGAAAUCUCGUCUGCAGAGACUAGCAGAGCAGAGGCAGUAUUGGGAUAAUGAAGAUGUUGUUCCAAACUGUGCCCCCCCGUCCCCAUUGAAGAGACAGUUUGACGACCCAACAGCGGCCAGCUCGACUGCAUCCUCCUCAGAAGCUCCACUUGGGAGGAGAGGCCGACUCGCCAACCUCGCCGCCACCAUCGGAUCCUGGGAGGACGACUUAAGCCACCCAGGCCCUCGCAAAGACAAUGCACAAGGGAAGGCUGGCACCGCCUGUGUUCCCAAGCUGGCCAGCAGAGAUGCCUCUGUGUCUACUAACAGUAAACCAUCUGCUGCAGGUCCUGUACUGACCAACCAAACAGCAAGCAGCAAGUCUACAUCCAGCUCCAAUCAGCAGGCAGUCUACUCUCCAGUCAAAUCUAGCAGAGAGGUUCUCUCAAACCCUCAGAAGGCUGAACUCCCUGCAGCAAAACCAGCAGCUAGCCAGAAGAGCUCUCACCAGGGGACAUCCUACCUCUCCAGUCCUCAGAAGGCUGGUUUUUCUGGCUCAGCACCAUUGCCUCAAAGUCCGCUAAAGAACCAGGCCCUUUCCAGGGGUCUUGACAUCACCUCCAGUCCCAAGAAGCCCAACCUCCCUGCCAAACCUGCCACCUCUGCCCCCUCUGACCUCCAGAACAAAGAUAAGUUUACCACCAAGGACUCUUCUACACCCCUGCAACAAAAAGUCACUACAGGCACACCUGGUGUUAAGUCUUUUCUGGAGCGCUUUGGAGAGAAGUGCCAGGAGCGCACAAACCAGAGCUCCCCAGCAGGAGGUGCUACCCAGGGCAAGACACCCACUGUCACCCCCAACACCAGACUGGUCCAGGAGAGGCUCAGAGCAGCACAGGCUGCCAAGACAACCACUGCUGAUCUCACCCAGAGACAGAAACUGGAGCGUGAAGCUGAGCUGGCUCAGCUUCGCAGUCGCUUUCAGAAAGGGGACAAUAUGUGGAAAAACAAAGAUGAAGAGGCAGAAAACAAGAAAAAUACUGAAAGCAAGGAGCAGGCUGGUCAGUCUCAAGAGCCUCAUGUGGCUCAGUCACAUGAUGAACCAACAACACCUUCUGUUGACAGUACGGACAGCACCACCAACAUCAGUUCUCCACCACCAACCUCAGCAGGACAUGGAUCAGUGGUCUCACCUCCAGUCUCAACCUCAAGCCCUCUGAAGAAAGUCAGCAACUUGGUAGAGAAACCUUGUAAUGAAACUCCAGAAGAAGAGGUGGUCCAGGAGAUUGAGAUGAAUGUUGACCAAUCCAUCAAUUCUGCCGUCAUCAAUGAGCUGUUCGAAGGAGUCCUGGAGCAGAGCAGUGAUGAGCACGAUGAUAAGGAAGAGGAGAGCGAUGAGGAAGAUGGCCUGAAUAUUUCUUCCAUGUCUCUCCUUGCUCCUUUUGCAGAGACGGUGGCUGCUGUCGUAAAGAGUCCAGAGAAGAGAAUGAUGACGUCAACUCCAGCCAGCUCCUUCAGUGAGAAGAGUAAAACUCCUAACAGUACCUCCAAACCCAGUAAAUUCCAGAGGGCUCACAUGAUUCAGACAGGCUCCUCGGACAGUGUUGAGGCCUCUGAAGAUGAAGACCAUAAACUGCCUUAUAGCAUCGAUGCAUACAGGUCUGUCAGGGUGAAGGAGACUGAGAGGCCCAAUGUGAAGCAGGUUAUUGUGAGGAAGGAGGAUGUUUCUCACAGAGUGGAGGAGGCCGGAGGCACCAGUCUCAUCAACAUCAAACAGAAGAUGAAGAUUUUGACCAGUGAGAUGAACCUGCAGCAGACAGUUAUCCACCAGGCCAGCCAGGCACUCAGCUGCUGCACAGAUGAAGAGCACGGCAAAGGGUCCCAGGUGGAGGCUGAGGCAGAGAGGCUGCUGUUGGUGGCAACGGAGAGGAGGGUAGCACUGAAGGCAGAGUUGGACCGUCUGAAGGGAGAAGGCCCUGCAGGCCAGAGAAAGGCCCCUGUUGGCUCCUCUAAGGCUCCAGAGAACAUCGGUGUCUCUGCCUCCAAAGGCUCCAUCUCCCUGCAUGAGUUGCGCCUGCCUCUCAAGGCAGACUUUAUUUGCUCCACUGCCAACAAACCAGAGUCAACCAGACAUUACUUUUUCAUCAUGAUUCGGGCUGGAGCGGAGAACACUGUGGCUACUCCAUUAGCAAGCACACACAGCGGCCUCAGUGGAGACGCCCUCACCUUCACUACCAAGUUUGUCAUGUCUGAUGUUUCCAGUGACUUUGAAAUUGAUAUUGAGGUCUAUUAUCUGGUGCAAAAGCGUGAACUAGUCACUGACAAGAGGAAGAAGCCCAACAAGUCAAAGGUAAUCUGGAGACAUGUUUAUGAGGCCCAUGAUUUAUGUAUGUCGGCCAUUACUCCAAAGCGAUUCCUUGCCAUCACUAAGAGCAACCAAACUCCAGUUGUGGCCAGCCCAGGAGGACCCAAUGCUGUUCGCACCAGUAACUUUGUCCUCAUUGGAUCACACAAACUUACUCUUUCCUCUGUUGGGAAAAACAAAUUUCCCCUAGAGAAGAUCAAAUAUGAAGGAACUGAAAGACAACUACUCAGUGACAUGUUUCAUAACAAGGUGCCAUUUCUGUGCCCUCUGGAGGGCCACAUCUACCUCAGGAUGCAGUGUGAAGUUGGCUCUAAGGUGGAAGAGAGGGGCUUCCUGACAAUGUUUGAAGAUGUUAGUGGAUUUGGAGCCUGGCACAGGAGGUGGUGUGUCCUGUCAGGAUAUUGCAUUUCCUACUGGACCUAUCCAGAUGAUGAGAAACGCAAGAAUCCAAUUGGUCGGAUCAACCUUGCUAACUGCACCAGUAAGAAGGUGGAACCGGCCAACCGAGAGUUUUGUGCCAGGCCAAACACCUUUGAGCUCAUCACUGUCAGGCCACAGAGAGAGGAUGACAAAGAGACACUGGUCAGUCAGUGCCAGAACACCAUGUGUGUCACCAAAAACUGGCUCAGUGCCGACACCAAGGAUGAAAGGAAUUUGUGGAUGAAGAAACUGAAUCAGAUUCUGGUGGAUCUGCGGAUGUGGCAGCCAGACUCCAGCUACAGGCCCCUGUAAUUUUCAUCGCACUGGUCCUUCUGUUUUAUGGACUGUCAGUAUCAGACAGUGACACUUGCAAUUACUAAGUGCAAUAUAGUAAGAAAGUUGCUGUUUUUUUUUUUUCUUUUUUCUUUUUUUCUUUUUUUUUUACUGGUGGAUACUUUGAGAGCACAAGUAAUCAAACACAUAAGUUAUAUGAGGAAAAAAUGAAUAAAGCCAUACAUUUGAAACAUUUCAGUGCAGGAUUUUGUGGUGGACUUCUGGUUUGACAGUUUCUUAAUAGCUAUAUUUUAUAUAUUUUCAAAUUGUUGGGAUAUUCCAUUGUAUUUGAGCUAUUGUCCUGCCAGUUUGUUUUUUUUCAUGUUGUAACUGUUAAUUUAGACAAUGCAUGGCUUUAAAUUAUAUUUGUUUUCAAAGUUUUAAAUCAAUAUAUAUAAAUGGUGCUGAACUACUAAAUCGAUACAAAUUUGAUGCACCACAUUUUUUUGUACUGAUGAAAACUUUUUUAUCCUUCAUGAUAGCACAGAACACUAUCAUCUGUAGAAUCCACAAAGCAUUUUUAUUUUUAACCCUAGCUUUUACAGCUUGUGGCUAGACUGUCAAAUGCCUUUUCAUCAUGUUAAGUGCCAUACACAAGUUUGAUACCAAUUAUACUACAGUUUUCAGUAAUAUAUAUUUGUCAUGUCUGUGUCUUUAUUGUUCAUGUGACUGUUUCCAUGUGCACGUUUUAAAUGGUUUUGGCUAACUGGGCUUAACAUUUGUAUUACCUCCUGUGCGCUGGUUAAUGUAUUUUCAGAUGGACAGGCUUUCUGCUGUGUUUAGCAGAGAAGUUGAAAGCUUUUUGAAAAUGGAUUUUGUAUUACAUAUAUUAUGCACGAUGUAUUCUGCUUCUCCAAACAUUUUACAUCAUUCUGCAGUUUAGGAAUGAGCAAGAAAUCUGUUAGUACUCACUGGUAACGUAAAAGCAAUCCAAGCACUCCUCUCAGUCUGUCAGGUAUUUGUAGAACAAGCCGACUUCAAUAAAUGCCUGCUUUG